UCAACACACCAUAACAAGUCCUGCCCCUUAAUCCCAAGAAGGAAACGAGUUGCUGCUCUGACUACUUGCCCCUGAUAAGGUUUACACUUACUCCAUUUGGUGUCUCAGGUUUCAGGACUGAUCUCUCCUGUAUCCUGUUGUUUUUCUCCACAAAGCACAGUCAGCGUUGAUGGACUUACACUCCACCACAGCUGUGACAUGACAAAGUGUGUCUACAGUGUUGUAUCGGAGCGGUAAAGAAAGAGACUUCAAGUAUCAGAAGAAUGAACGACAGCCACCAGGAAGUAACAGACACCCAGGAAACCGAGUUUGGAGAUGCUGCCCCGCCAAAACAGAAGAGGAUCAUUCACUUCGCCAACGGUGAAACUCUGGAGGAUGAGGACAGCGAGGAGGAAGAAGAAGAGGAGCAGUCAUCAAACAGAGAUCCCUUCACAGAACCUGCGGAGAGGUCCUCCAAGACCCGGUUCUCAUUCAAGAAUGUGGCCUUUCUAGUUGGGAGGGUGUCACUGUUAAUUUGUGAUUUCCUUGGAGAGAGAACGGCAAGUGCACUUGGACUGAAUGCAGCCAAAUACCAGUACGCUGUAGAUCAGUAUCAGAGGGACCACAAGACAACAAGCAGCCCAACCAAAAAUGGUCAAAUGGGAGGACGGGCAGAGAGAACCCACCUCUCUUCUGGACAGCACGGGAGUCUUUAUGGAGCUACGGGAGAUUCGAGAUGUCCCGAUGACCCCCAAAAGAGCUGCGAUGAGAAAGAUAUGGACAGAAAUGAAGGGCGUCACAACAGAGCUUAUGAAGGAGAUGAGGAGUGAAAUAAGGCACAUAAGAUCUGUUAUGUAUUAGAUGUAAUGAUGGGGCUGUUUGUAUAGUAUUGUAAUGUUACAACAGAGAUAUGUGAGGCAAGUGACAUCAUUGCCUUUCCUCGCUUAUGCAGAAAACACUAUUUUCCUACUUGUCCCCUGAAUAAGAUCCCACUCUGUCCUGUUACUAGCUUUUAAUUGAAUGUAUUUUUCCACUCACUCUUCUUUGUUCUAUUCUGGGGAAUGAAGAUAUACUAUGCUCACCAUCAGAUGUGAAAUACAGUAUGU